CAAAUUGCUAACUAUCUCACCACACACGAAAUCCUCUUCUCUUUCAUACACUAACCAUACGCACAAUUUGAUUGGUCAAUUGGCAAAACACCGCAAUCCUAUUGGUUAUUUCUCUCACCGGAAGUAACUUUCAAACUGAAAGCGGCAUGGUGUUUACAAAAUAACAAGAGCAAUUUUGACUUUUAGGUAAUUUUCAGCGGAGGUUUGUCAUUCCUAAUCUUUUAUCAAUCUUUUUGCAUAAAUGACCCCACUGUAUGUGAUUUCAUUUUGCUGAUACGUCACUCGUUUACUCCGAUCAUUUUCACUUUGGAUAACAAAUUAGGCCUAGAUGCAAUUUUAGGGUGGGCUGUUUGAUUUAUUUAUUUUUUGAAGAUUAGACGAAGAUCCAUGUUAAUAUAUUGUAAUAGAAAAUCCAUUUUACUGGAUUCGUUUGUCAUUAUUACUCAGCUAAAGGACAAGACAAACAUAUAGCAUUAGACUAAGCUAGGCCUAUGUCUCAUUCCCAGGCACUUGUUUCUGUAAAUAACUUACGACCUCUGUAUAUUAAUAAUUAUUAGUAUACAGAGGUCGUAAGUUAUUUACAGAAACAAGUGCCUGUGAUAUCAUUGUAGAAAAAUAAUUGCCUUAAGGUAGUACUCUACAUCGUCAUAAUGGCUGACUUUCUUUAAAAACAUGGAUGAAAAAAUCGAUAUCAGCAAUAUUUGUCUUCUCCUUUUCCAUUUAAAUACCUAGCCGAGUAGCUCAGUAGGUUUGAAUACCGACUGCUGAACUGUAAGUCGCAGGUUCGAGUCCAGCAGGGGUUUUAAUUUUUUUUCAGAUUACCUUCUACUAAACUGUAUUUUUUGACAAAAUAAAGUAUAUUUGAAAAUUUUCAACUUCAAAAUAUUGUUGUACAUAUCCUCCACUUUUCAUCUACAUUAAAUUUCUCUGGUGUAGCAUACCUCCUUAAAGGGAAAGGUAACCCAAAUUUUUUUUACAUGAUAAAUGGUAGUAUUAAUUAGGCCUAUAUGAUAAAGAUUUGUCAUACUAUUCUUUUGAUAUACAGCCUAGAUAAGCUUCAGUAUACUACUAAUUCUAAAACGUUAAAAAUUGAAAUUCCCGCCAUGAUGUGGAACUCUUACGUAUUCAAGACCACAAAAAUCAAUAAUUUUGACGUCACACGUCUUGUUGACAGGCGUGGAUCAUCAGAUCAAACUCGACGCUUCGCGUCUCGUGUGAUCUGAUGAUCCGUGCCUGUCAACUCGACGUGAUCCAACUCUUCGGAUCAAGUUACUGUACAUUUGACACGCUUGCCCGUGUCAACUCAAUAUCAUGAAAUGUUUGGAUCCCAUAUUAUAUACUAUACCUAUAGUAUAGAGGUAUAGAGCCUCGACGUCUGCAAUAUGGGAUUUAUAGACUGUUUUUCCUGAGAUGGAUGUAUUUGAAGAUGUUGCAACUAUCCUAAGAAUUGUACUGGAUUAUGUUGGAGUUGAUGCAGAUGAUUUGGUAAACUAUGUACAGUUUUUGUAUAUACGUGGCCGAGAUGCACAGAGGGAAUUUAGAGGUUAUAUUUGCAACAGAUGGGACAUUAAUGUAACCCAAAGGAGGCGUCAUCUCAUCCACAGUUGGCUGAAAUGGCGGUCUGACAUUCGACACAGAAGUUUGGUGAGGAUCCUUGGCACAGUGAUUCCAACAAAGCCACCCAAAAGACUAAGAAUACAGCAACAUCUGCUCCGGCCCACAAGACGAUUGGCGAGAUGGAGCAGUGACUCCUCUCUUGUAUCUGUGUGUACAAAUGGAGCUUCAGAGGAGGAUCCAUUGUGGGUGGAAGAGGACUUGGGCAACAACCUUGUCAGAUUCAGGGCUAAGGGAGAGGAUGGGACAAGUGACACAGAACUUGAGAGUGUGUAUGAAGAGGAAGAGGAAGACCGAGAGGAGCUGUUUACAGUGCAACCUGGAGACAUUCCUCUGAUGAACUCUACUAUGAUAUCCUCCGUCUCCAUGACAUCUGACCCAAAUGCUAUCAACAAAAUCAACGAUUUACAAGACGAGCUGUCCAGUCUUAGACAACAGAUUGCUAUGUUAGUGAUAAACCAGGAACAGAUCAACAAGUCUCAAUUGUUACAUCCUUCAGAUAUGAGUUCCGUGGCACAGACCCCAUCACAGAUCUCAGGAGUUCCUCCAGCCCCGCCCCCACCCCCUCCUCCACCUCUUCCAUUCUCAGCACAGAACACAUCUACACCUGUCAAAAAGGAGCCCAGUAUAGAUGAAGUUUUGAAAAAGAAAUUGGGGAACAUAGAGGAAGGCAAAAUAGAAAAGAGAAAUACACCAGAUGUUGUCCCGACUCCUACCGCUAAAGUCCCUACGAUGGCUGAAGUGUUGAAAGGAUUGAACUCCGUUAAACUUAGAUCCAUACAGAGGUCGCCAGGUGGGACACCACUCAGACCAAAGGUAGCUUGCCAGUCAACUGCUGACCCAGCUUCUAUGAUUGCUCUGGCCCUUCAGAAGAAGUUUGCCAAUCAACAUUUCCAGAGCCCUGAAGUUGAUAAGGAGAACGAAAAUCAUGAUUUCAGUUCUGCUGAUGAAAACAGUCCACAUGUGCCAAAAACUUUUGCUGUGAAGAAGUCUAAGCGAAGAUCUUUACUGUAUGAAGAACGGAGAACGAGUCAUAGUCCACUUGGGGACAUAAAUUUAUGAACAUUUGUUAAUAGUGGAUGGAACAACAGUGCUGACUUUUAUAAAGACAUUUUCUUUUAAGGAAUUUGAUUUUAAAUUUAUAGAUAUAGUGGCAUACAGAUAGAUUGCUUCAUGCUGGUAAUAUUAGCACUACAGUAAAUCAAAUGUUACGAGUUUGAGGGGACCUAAUAAAAAUAUUCACGAUAAUCUGCAUGUUAAUAAUGAUUCAAUUCAAGAUCUAUAACAAAUUCCCCAUAUAGCAGAUAGAUUUAACUUUUAAUGAAAGAUACUUAUAUUUGUGGGCAAGUGAUUUAUUUAUUAUAUUAAGUUUUUUUUAGUUCCAUUCAAUGAUAUUCUGAUUCCCUGCAUAUAUAUAGCAAGUUUAAUCUUUUAUUUUAAAUUGUUAGCUGUACCAAAUUAUUGGUAGAUAUUUUUAAGAAGUGAAAUUUUAUUUUGAAAUGGGAAUUUGCAUUUCUAUUGGUUGGGGAUUGAAAUUUACUGUUUCAGCAAUGAUUUGGGACAUGCAUGUUAAGCAUAAGCAAUUUUUUGUAGAAAGUUUUGCUGGAAACUCUGAUAUAAAGCUAUAUCCAUGUUCACAAUAUCUGAGUUAUACUUUAAUGAUAUUUUUGGCUAAAAUGUAUUUAUAAAGUAAUUUUACAUGUUAAAUAAUUUCUUCAAAACAAAUUCAUUUGAAAUCUUCAAACCAGAUAUUCAGUUUUUCUUGUCAGUUUUUACUUGCAGUCAUAUCUUUUUAUUUUCCCCAAUAACAGUCUGAAGAGUAUCAAAAGUCACAGAGAUAAUAUUGUAUGCAUUUUUAUCAAUUGAUUUGUAUAUGUUUUUCCUGCAUGGAGACGUCAAUAACUUCUUGUUCUAGUACAUGUAUUGUGAUUUUAAAGAAUGGAUUCUUGAUAUAAUUCAAACAAAUUAGAAGAUGUGCUCCAUGUGUGAGUGUAGUUUCUUCAUUUGUGAAACGUGGGGGUCACGGAGCCACAAAACUCUUUCUUGCUUUACGUUUGUAACAUAGAACAUGAUAAUGGAGUCUGAGUGGAACUUGAAUUAUAGAGGGAAUAUUCAAUCUCUGUCGUUGGAUAUGGAAUUUAUUUCAAGAGUAAGGAUACCUUUUUUUCAGGAGUGCAGAGCUUGAGUCGAAAUAUUUUUUAAAAAAAUCCUGUUUAACAAGAACAUGUUAAAAUAUGUACAUGUUUAUAGUCAUACUCAACCUGACGUCACAAUCAGUUAUUAUUUUCACACUGUGAAAAUAUCGUAUUUAUUCAAUGGAUAAGUUAUAGUACAUGCAUUUCACUGUUCCCUCUUUUUGUGUAAUCAUCAGCAUAGUAAAACUUUAAUCCCCCAGAUAAAAAAUUUGAAAGUGCUGACUUCUGUCUAGAACAAAAUCACAGCAAGAAAAUAAUUACGAAACUAUGAGAAUAAGUCUUAAUUGGCCAAAGUAACAGAGGAUUAACUUGUUACACCUCUUGACACUAUUUUAGAUGCCUACCCCAUAUCUUUUUUCUUUAUAUUAUCGGAUACCUUUUAUUUUAUUUGUUACCAGAGUUGUUACCUUAUACCAGUGCGUGAUAGUUCUGCUUUACAAAAAGACAGAAAUAUGUAACGCACUGUUAAUAUAUAUGCAACUAAUGGUUUAUCUCAAGGUCAAGAACCGUAACCCUCAUUUCUGUGGGUCAGAAGAAUGUGCAUGUAUAUAUUUUAUACACACACUCUAUCUAGUUUAUGCUAAUUUAAUGUAUACAUAUUCAUGAAUGUAGUAUUCUCUCUUAAGGUUUCGUAUUUCGGACUACUUCAGGCUGUUGCAUAUAUAUUUUAUCUUGCUCAGACUUAAAAACAUGGUGAUUAUCCAUAAUGGAAAAUUGUUGUUUUUGGCAGAAAAUAUUCUAGAAUCAAUGCCUUAUCAUUAUAUUUAAAAGACACAGUGAUCUUUGUAGCAUAACGUUUUUAGAAAGUGAGUGCUGUGAUUUUAUAAAUCAAAUUCUGUUCAUGGUGUUUUAUUAUAUUUAGAAAUUUUACAUAUGCUAUUUUAUUAAAUUUGCUUUAGUGUAAGCAUUCCUACAUUUUGUCAUAUUUAACAUUAAUAUUCCAUUCUAUAUGUUUUAGAGGUAAAUUACAUCAAAGCUUUGGACCAAACAAGAACUGAGCAAUUUUUAUGCUCCUCUAUUGAUUUUGAGCAUAAGGUCAAGGGUCAAUCUACUCUGGACUUAGAAAGAUAUUGUCCACUCAAUACCAUUAGCACCAUUUGUUUGACUGACAUCAAACUUGAUACACUAGUACAAGUACUAAGGGUAAAUGAACCUUAUUGAUUUUGAGGUCACAAGGUUAAGGGUCGAACUAUUCUAGACAUUGGAGGAUGUCUGCUCAAUAUUUCAAGAACCCUUUGCUUGACAGAGAUAAACGCUAUUGAUUGGAGGUCACAAGGUCGAUGGACAAACUAUUGUAGAUUCCUUAUUGUACGCAAGUACUUGAUAUGUGAAAUGACUCGUACUGUAUGUUUGAAAUUGAAAGUUUUCACAAGUGCUUAGUUGAUCAAGAGUUUUUACAUGUAUUUUAGCAAUAUAGAAGUAACAGUAAGUAAUUUUAAUUCAUGAGUGAUGCUUCUCGUGAAAAUAUGUGAUUAUAAAUUCCUCGCAUAUUAUUUAGGAAUUUACGGUACUCUUCAUCUAUCGUGCAAAGAGUAUUUCUAUUCAACUGUUGUUAUUGCUUCAUUCCACAGCUGCCAGCCAGCAUCUGCCCUCUCCCUUUAUCUUGUGCAGCACCAAGUUGUUUUUGGUCACCCAUGCUUUCUUCCUUAAGGAGGUAUGCUACACCAGAAAAAUUUGAUAUGGAUGAAAAAAGGAGGAUAUGUACAACAAUAUUUUGAAAUUGAAAACUUUCAAAUUAACUUCAUUUAGUCAAAAAUUGCAGUUUUAGUUGAAAGCAAUCUGAGAAAAAUUUAAAACCCCUGCUCAACUCAAACACACGAUCUACAUUUCAGCAGUCAACGUGCUAGCAUACUGAGCUACUCAGCUAGGCGAGAAAUUAUUAAAUGAAUUGACAAAUAUUGCUGAUAUUCAUAUUUUCAUCCAUGAUUUAAAAGGAAGUCAGCCAUUAUGACGAUGUAGAGUACCUCCUUAAGGUGCCCAUGUUAAUGUGAUGUUACAGUCACUGGUAGGAUCUUCUCUCGAUAUAUGUCCAAUAAACUCCCAUAGCCCUUACUUCCUCACUGAUUGUGAACCCUUUGAUGACAGACAUCAAACUUGGUACUCUGGUACCCCCUAAAGAGUAGAUGACCCCCAAUGGUUUUCAAGUAAGAAGGUCAAAGAUCAUGACUGAUUAUGUAGAAAUGUCUACUCAGUAUCUUGAAAGCUAGAUCAAACUUAGUAUUGUGGUUGCCCCAGACUAUAGAUAACCCAUAUUUUUCACCAUCAUUACAGACAUUCUAAAUUAAAAGUUGAUCCUUUUAGUCCGUUAAUGACUUUGGACUAGUAAACCUGUCAAAUUCUUAAACUAGCCAUGCUUCAGAAAGAUAUCAAUUUAUUUUUAUGCUCCCACCAUGAACUGACUUUUUAUCCGUCAUUUCAUCAUUAGUUUUCUAGACUAUUUUGGCUGUACUUGUAGAUAAUGAGGUAUGAAUUUUUGGGGCAUUUUUAGUUUGUCCGGACCAUAAGUUUUGACAUAGGCCUUUGAUAUUUGGUAUGUUGGUAAACCAUGAUAAGACAUUGUGUUGUGUGUCAGUUUUGAUGACCUUGACCUUUUAUGUAAAGGUCAAAUAAUAAAAAUUUUCUUAUGGGC